AUGGUGGCUGUUUAUCAUAACCCAAUUAUUCCAGGAUUUUCUCCCGAUGCGUCUAUCUGCUUGGUCAAUGGCACAUUCUAUCUGGUGAACUCGAGCUUCCAUCUCUAUCCUGGGUUGCCCAUUUAUAUGUCGACUGACUUGAUCUCAUGGAAACAUAUUGGAAAUGCCAUAAAUAGACCAUCUCAACUGUCUUUGUCCCGAGCCACCACAUUUGUUGGCCUGUUGGACGAUGGCACAGAACUGGUCGCAACUGGCGGCCUGUACGCCCCAACAAUUCGGCAUCACAAUGGCAUCACCUACAUCAUCUGUACUAAUGUCAUCCACGGUGCUUCCAAUGUACUGGGCGAUGAACGUAGUGAACAGUUCCUCAUUCACACAACUGAUAUUCGCUCUGGAUGUUGGUCGGACCCAAUCGUCUUCGAAUUUCCUGGCAUUGACCCAUCGCUGCUAUUUGACGACGAUGGCCGGGUGUACGUCCAACUCUGCAAAGUAGGACCCGAGUUUGAGAUCUACAACAGCGAAAUCGACAUUACAUCGGGGGCGAUGAUUGCGGAACCCACUCUCAUCUGGACGGGGAUGGCUGGUACUACCUUCUAUGUGCUGAAGGGGGAAACGUUUGAAUACCACAUGUUGAGCAUGGCGCGAUCAAGGAAUAUAUGGGGUCCGUAUGAGUCCUAUGAGAUGAAUCCGUUGUACACAGCUAGCGGCACCGCUCAAUAUGUCCAAAACACUGGACACGGUGAUCUUUUCCAAGAUCAAGACGGGCAAUGGUGGGUCGUCAUGAUAGGUGUUCGCAAGAAGAAGGGGCGAUCAAUCAUGGGAAGGGAGACAUUCUUAACAUCGGUUGAUUGGCCUUGCAACGGGUGGCCGACCAUCAAGCCGAUAACAUGCGAUGGGAAUCUGGAAGCAAAUUUCAAGCCUGAAGGUCAAGACCCGCUUGCUGCCUCUUGGGUCUAUCUGAGAGACGCAAGAUUGGAUCGAUACCAUAUGCAAGACAACCGCAUUACAUUAAAGUCCGACCUGGUAGAAAUGACCAGCGCGGAUGAGUCAACUACUUUUGUGGGCCAGCGACAACGAAGACUUGAAGGCACUGCCACAGUCACUGUGUACAAGCCACAGCAUUCCACCUCAGUCCGAGCAGGGUUAGGUCUCUAUAAGGACGAACACCGAUUUUUGAUCAUUGAAUACGACUUUCAUUCGCAGCAAGUCGUCUUCAACGGAAUCAAUCAGGCCAAGUCAUUUUCUCAAAGGGAAAUCGAAAAUGUGGAACUCCAAGAUCUCGUAUCUUUCAAAAUCGACUACACGGAGACAUCUUUGCAGUUCUCCUUCCGCGUCGAUGAAGCAGCCUGGCAUGACUUGGCCACACUUGACACCGCACUCCUGACAGAUCACGACUUCACUGGUCCAGUUAUUGGGAUUUUUGCCAUUGGGGAUGGUAUCGCAGUGGAAUUCAGAGACUUUGAAGUUGAUGCGGUGCAAAGUCACGAAGCCAAAGCUUAG